UCAAUUCUAGAGUUGCUUUAUAGUUAAGUUACUCGAUUCUAGAGGUCGUGUCGAUAUUGUAAAAUGAUACCACCCAUCAAUCUCAUUGGCUUCGCACCUCAAAACCAUUUUGCUGGCAGUAAUGUUUGGUAGCCAUAUGAACUAUCGACUGUCACAAGAUCAAAUGACUGCUUUUGACUCUGCGUCUGAGGAGGGAAAUUCCUUUAACGAAUAUCACCGAGAGCAUAAGCAUAGCAUCACCAUGACUAAUAACGGUCCUCCUGUUCCACCGAGAAGCAAGCCACCUACUCCGCCUCCGUACAAUACUGCUGUGAAGCGUGGUAUUUCACCUGUGCAGGGAGUUGAGAAUGGUCCAAAAUGUGAAGGGUUGUGCAGUUGUCCAUACUGUCCUGUUAAAAACGGAAUACCAAUGGAUUAUUAUUCGGCCAUGAUGGUCAGUUUAACGAAUGAUCUCAUGUUUUGUCCUGUAUCAAAACAGGCACGAGAAGAUUUUGGAAUAAAUAGCUCAGCCAGCAACAGUCCAAGGAAUAGUGGACUUUUCCGAUGUGAUAGUGCUGCGUCUGAUCAAUAUAGCUCAGCGAGGUCGCAACUGAGUUCUCUGCAACAACAGAAUAUGGGGAACAAUUCGAACAUUCAUCGAACUCCUAUUAUCAGGACCGCUGCUAACUGUGCUCUGACUGAAGAAAAUGUGCGACCUAUGUCUCCAGCAAGUUCAGAGAUCUCCAGCAGUAUCUUUUCUGACUCGCAAAGUGAAUGUUACGGAGUGACACCCUCAAGUGCGGGGAUUGGCUCGCCACUCCUCAACAUGCACCAGGUACACAACUUGUCAUCCACGCCUGGGGGUUUUGCUGUUCUGCCCUCGAAGAAACAGCUGCCAACUUAUAUCAAAUCUGUGCAACAAAAUGCUAAGUUCCCCACGCAUCAGCCUCCGCCAAUACCCCCAAAGAAAGCACCUCCACCGUACGCACCACCCCCUCCGCCCGGUGCGACAUCAAAUGGUACAGUUGACAGACAGCGUCCAAAUCGCAAUGCCCCUCCUCCGAUUGAUCAGUCGAGAUAUAGUCCCUCUAAAAGAAGUUCGGGUGGGUCGAGUGGCGGAGGAGGCAGCGUCAAAUCAGGCGAUGAACUCAGUUCAACUCUGAAAAAUUCUCUGUCAGUUAACUCAUUUGCCGCGUUUGACCGAAUGACCCCAAAAAAUGGAAGUGACGAGGAGGCAAUGAUGAACGAAGAGACUAGCAAUAAUGUGCAAAUUCAUGACAUAUCAACAAAAGUCACUUCCUCUCAACAGCAACAUCAUCAGGAACUGCAGGAUCCCUCGCCAUCGCCAACUAGAAAAGAGAGUAUGGGCAGAGAAGUGAUGUUUACGUCAUCAAAUGGGGAUGGAGCAAGUGCGGGAGGGGAAAAGAAGGUGAAGAAGCAGAGUGCGAAUGCAUACAAGUUCUACAUGGAGCAGCACAUGGAAAGUGUGAUGAGUUUUCCGCUGCAGAGAGAGAAGAGAAGACACCAAGUGGAACAGGAAUCGAUUGGCUCCUCAGAUAAGGACGAGAUGUUGGGAAGUUUCCACAAGCACGAGAGCAACCUCCUGAGAAGGAGAAGAUGUAAGGUGUCCAUAGAUGACUUCCGCGAGAUAGACCAGUUGGGAGUGGGGGGAUUUGGAGAGGUGAAACUUGUCAGGUCAGCCGAGGACGCACAGCUCUACGCUAUGAAGGUCCUCAACAAAAGACACAUCCUCAAAAAGAACCAGGCUGGUCACGUGCGAGCUGAGCGGGACAUUCUGGCACAAGCGGACAACGAGUGGGUGGUGAAGCUGUUCCUCUCCUUCCAGGACAAGCACAACCUCUACCUCCUUAUGGAGUUCAUCCCAGGGGGAGACUUGAUGAGUCUGCUGAUCAAGAAGGACUACUUCCCCGAACCCAUGGCCAGAUUCUACACUGCGGAAAUGAUACUGGCCAUACAAUACGUGCACGAGUUGGGAUUCAUUCACAGGGAUAUCAAGCCUGACAAUAUUCUGAUCGACAAGGAAGGACACAUAAAGCUCACUGACUUCGGACUGUGCACUGGCUUUAAGUGGACGCACAGCUCGAAAUACUACCAGAAUGGAAAAUUGCAGGACGAUAAUUUUGAGAUGGACGACGAGGAGUGGGAAAAGAUGGUGCAGCAAGAGUGCAAUUGCUGUACUGAUAAUAAUACAACGGCAGACAACACUCAGCCAAAUAAGAGUAACGCCCUACAUGGUAUUAACUGUGAACAGGAGAAUGGCGGCGCUGAUGGGACCAAUGAGUGUAAGAGGGUGAAGCCUCUUGACAGGUACAAGAGGCUACAGAGACACAGAUGUCUAGCGCAUAGUCUGGUGGGCACUCCCAACUACAUAGCGCCUGAGUUGUUGAUGAAGGUGCCCUAUGAUAAGAGCUGCGACUGGUGGAGUGUGGGGGUCAUUCUCUACGAGAUGGUCCUUGGGAGACCCCCGUUCUGUGCAGAGACGCCGGCCGACACUCAGUACCGGGUGCUUAACUGGAAGAAGUAUCUGCGGAUACCUCGUGACAUAAUUCCCAUUUCGCAUAACUGCGUUGACUUCAUUCAACACAUUUGUCGCGAUCAAAGAAAUCGACUUGGAUCUCGCUCAGUGGACGAGCUCAAAAACCACCCGUUUCUAUCUUGCCUUCCCUUCGAGGAACUACGGACCACUGUGGCACCGUAUAUUCCCGAGAUCAAACAUGAAAUGGACACUCAGCAUUUCCAGAGUGAAGACGGACAUCUAAUGGCGAAACCGGUGAACAACUCGGAUUAUCAACCUGAUCACACUUUGAAGCACCCCGAUCAUGCAUUUUAUGAGUUUACAUAUCGCAGGCCGAUGCCAAAUUUCCCAAACUCCGCAGGAGCGUCGCCAGAAUUAACGUCGGCAGGCUUCGGUAAAAUUCCGAAAAGUAAAUCAGUCGGAUCGGGUCUGACUAGCAAGUUGUUCAAGUCCAGUACUAACUUGACUGAUCUGGAAUUGUCAAAGGAAUCAGAAGCAGACGAAAUUGAUGGUCUAUACAAACAUAACAGCCAGAAGUCGGGAACUUCGAUGGCUAAAAAGUUCUUUAAUGGUUUAAGAAGCUUCAAAUCUUCUGAAAAUUUAGUCGACGAAAAUUGUAGCAGCGGCGGCCAUGAUCAAACAUUCUUGAGCGGGACUUCUCAAGGAUCCAGUAAAAGUUCAAGUAGGAAAGAGAAAACUAAAAAUUCAACUAAUCAAGUUGUUAGUAAUAAUAGUCAACAACAUCAACAGCAGCAGCAACAACAACAACAACAUCAUCGAAGGCAUUCGUCUGAAUUGGCAAUGGAAGUUGAUCAACCUUCGAAUGAAUCGAAUGGAGACUAUGUAAUGUUCGCGCAAACUCAGAAAACAUAUCAAAGCAAUGGAACUACUUAUGGUUUGCAAUCAACGCCCGCAAAAGAUCAAAGCGAAGGGACAAGAAACAACCUUAAUAAAGGUUAUCCUAAUCCAAGUCAAGGUCUCUAUCAAUUAACCAGACCGCCCCCUGUUAAUGCACCUUUGAGGAAGAAUUUUGGAACUGACAUCGAGUGUGAAACGUCACAAAACAGAAUGCACAAAUCUGGGUUCAACCCUGGUCAGCCAGUAUUGUCAUCGAGUAAAAAAGGGUCUUCUAUCAAUAGGAACCAACGCAAUGAUGACAUACUUACAAACUCGUCGCAAUUACGUAAUCAUCAAAAUGUGAAUAUGAUUGUUACGCAGUCUUCUUCGUCACAACGCAUCAGUGGUGGCGCUGGAAGUUCGAGACAGAAGUAUGAACAGAAUCUGAACAUGUUCUUAUCUAGACCGGAAAUUGCAGCUGGUGGAAACGGAAGUCAAGAGCAAAGAAGUCAAACUGCAAUGUAUGCGUACAAUAACAUGUCGAGCAGAGACCAAAGGUGCAGAAGUGUGAAAUAUGAAGAUGAUGAGGAAGAAUGCUACGUGUGAAAGUUUGCGGGGUUUUGAGAAGUCAAAUUUAUGAGAAGGUUUAGGUUGAAGUCCUACAGACCCCUUAGGGCGGUGAAACGGUUUUGGUUAGACGUUAGAAAGUGCUAAAUUAUAAUUAACUUGUGACUAAACGUAGCAUUUAAUUGAUAAAAUAGUUUAAUGGUGUGAAAAUUGUGAAUUAGAUGAUUUUGAAUUAGCGUGGGUGCAGUGUAUCUGAUUUUAAAAUAAUUCUUGUAUUAAAACCUCUUUUUUUGAUUUAUAAAAUUUUUAAUAAGCAUUUGUUAAGGGCUUUAAAGGAUAUCAUGUUUCUGCCUUUUUUUCAUCGAUUUGGAUAGCUUUUUCGGACUUUUAAAUAGCAAAAAUCAAAUUUUGCGCAAUCUUGUGUUGUGUGUUGUAUGAAUUGAUUUCUGCUUUGAAAUGGAUUUAGUAAUUUUAGUGCACUAUUCAUUCGCCACAGUAGAAUCCCUGAGUCAUAUCAUUAGUUUCAUUUUAUCAGAUUGAUCAAAUCUCAAUAUCUCGAAAUCUGUGCUACAAUAUGUUCCUUCUUCUUCAUAUUUCUCAUCUCUGGUCGCUUCUUUUUGUUCAAUUUUCUAUCGCUUAAUGUGGGUUUGGCUAGUUUAAUUGUGUGUAUAAAUCGAAUCUUUUUCUUGCCUAAUGCCUUCAUCAUCCAUUACCGGGUCAGGUAACUUUGAUUCAUAAGUCUCUCGAUUUGGCUAAAAAUUUUUAGGUAGUCUGAUUUGAAAUUCAGUCAUUAUUUUUAAUCUGCUGCCAAUCAAAACAGCAGUUUGCAUAAUAAAAGAAAGGAAGAGAGACAAGUUAUAGAAGCAUUUUUAGGUAAAAUGCGUUAAAAACGAAAUACUGCCGAGUCGAGAUACUGUUGUCAGUGUUGUAUGUUCUUAGUCUGAACAAAAUGCAAUUCAUCCGCUUUACUUUGCUUGCAAGUGACUUCUUCACCCCCUCUAAGGUCCCUAAUUCAUCGUCCAAAAUGGAUGCCAGGCUAGUCCAAUCUUCUCUGUUCUAUUCUUUCAUUGCUUAAUUUGAUUUUAAAUUCAUGAAAAAUAUCAGCCAUGAGGUUAAAUAAAUUUUUUUUGUA